GUAACGUAGACACCGGUUGAGAGGCGUGUUCAUCCAACAGAUCCCCUGAUGCUGUUCUGCGGUGAAGAUGGCGGAGAGAGGAGACGGCCAUCUGAAACCAAUAAACGGAAAACACUUUUGAUUGUAUGCCGUCUUUCGUACAGCGUUUGUGUAGUUAGUGCUGAUCUGGCCUCCCAGGAUGGACAGUGCUUAGAUGUGGGCAACGUUUAAGCUGAAUGCAUUGUGAUUUCCAAUAAUUGAGACAGUGAUUUCUAAAAAGCUGUCUUCAUUAAUGAAAAGAACAAUGUAGUCAGCUUAGCAUAUUCAACCGUGUACAUGAAUAUUGUUGAAUAGGAGUCUUAAACUGUGUAAUAUUCAUGCAUGUGUUAGAGCUGCAAUUUUUUAGCUAAAUUAGGCAGACCCCUUCCCACUUGCAUUCUCGCAUAGUUUUUAAUAGAGCUCUUUUAAAAAAAUUAAGCAUGGAUGUCAAUGAGAUUUUACCUCCCCUCCCAUUGGAGCCACCAGACGCAGUAUUGGCGGGGAAUGAUUACAUUAAAGCACCUCCACCACCUCCCCUGCAAACGUCCAGUGACGCAGAGGAAAUGGACGUUAGCUCUGGUGGUGAUGGACACCAACACACCCCAGCAGUGGACAGGGACAAACCGCUCCUCCUCAACAAGCGCACAUUGUCCAUUACUAGUCACCUGUCAGGUAGUCCUGACCCCAUGGCCACGUGCCCUAGAACCGCUCGCCAUGCUCCCCCAGUUACAAAAUUCUUACCUGAUCUCAAACUCCUCAAAGACGUAAAGAUCAGCGUCAGUUUCUCAGAGAGCAGUAAGAGCAAAGACAGGAAGGUGUUGUACACUGGUUUGGGGCAGGAUAGAGAUGAAGAUCAGAGCCUAGAGGGCCUGAAUGGUGAAUUGCAUGAUUCUUUAGAGCAGAGUUGUGUGCCGGGAUGCUCGAUCAUGAGCACUGGUUCCUUAAGGUUAGCUAGAAACGGCGAAGAGCUGGAGACAGAGCAGGAGAACAAGGUUGAGUUUGCCGUGUUGGAUGACCUAGAAGACUUCAGCGAGAACUUUCUGGAAGCUGAAGAAGGAGAACCGAGUGGUUUCAGGUCUCAGAUGAUAGUUCAGCAGGAGCAAGCGCAUGAGGAGGAUCUGAAUUACUCCUACGAGGAGGACUUUGACAAUGAUGUAGAUGCCCUGCUGGAGGAAGGCAUGCCUAUGCCCAAGAAGAGGCGUCUGGCUGAAGACAAGUACACUGGAGACAGUGAUCACCAUUCAGAUGGGGAGGCCGGAGUUCAGCCCAUGAUGACCAAAAUUAAGACGGUUCUUAAGAGUCGUGGGCGUCCACCAACUGAGCCAUUACCCGAUGGGUGGAUCAUGACAUUUCAUAACUCUGGCAUUCCAGUCUACCUCCACCGGGAAACCAGAGUUGUAACCUGGUCUAGACCUUACUUCCUUGGAACAGGAAGCAUUAGGAAACAUGACCCACCAACCAGUAGCAUUCCCUGCUUACACUAUAAGAAAAUGAAGGAUCAAGAAGAAAGGGAACAGAAUGGAGAGGUGACUCCAACUGCAGAGGUGUCUCCUGUGAAAGCUGGAGAUGAAGGCAUAACAUUGGAGAGAGCUGAUGAGCCUGACUCUACUGCCACAGAAGAGCCGACAGGCAGAACAACAUCAGAAGAUCCAGAGCUUGACCUCAUGGAGCCAGGAGGAUCUUCAGAGGGGAAGGACAGCCAAGCCAAUGACACUGCACAGGGAGCGCUGGGCCAGGUCAAAGCCAAGGUGGAGGUCUGCAAAGAUGAGUCCAUUGACAUUGAGGAGUUUAGAAGCUACUUGGAGAAGUGCUUUGAUUUUGAGCAAGUGACGGUGAAGAAGUUCCGCACAUGGGCUGAGCGUAGACAGUUCAACAGGGACAUGAAGAGGAAGCAGGCCGAGUCUGAGAGGCCCAUUCUACCAGCCAAUCAGAAGCUCAUCACACUCUCUGUACAAGACGCCCCAACAAAGAAGGAGUUUGUCAUCAACCCCAACGGGAAGUCAGAAGUGUGCAUUUUACAUGAGUAUAUGCAAAGAGUACUCAAAGUGCGUCCAGUUUACAACUUUUUUGAAUGUGAAAACCCAAGUGAACCCUUCGGAGCCUCAGUCAUUAUAGAUGGUGUUACAUAUGGCACAGGAACAGCAAGUAGUAAAAAACUUGCCAAGAAUAAAGCUGCUCGAGCAACACUGGAGAUCCUCAUUCCUGACUUCGUGAAGCAAACGUCUGAGGAGAAGCCUGUAGAGGGGGAUGAACUGGAGUAUUUUAAUCAUAUCAGUAUUGAAGAUUCAAGGGUGUAUGAGCUGACCAACAAAGCAGGUUUACUCUCACCAUAUCAGAUCCUUCAUGAGUGCCUUAAGAGAAACCAUGGCAUGGGUGACACCAGCAUCAAGUUUGAAGUUAUUCCGGGAAAGAACCAAAAGAGUGAAUACGUCAUGACAUGCGGGAAACACACUGUACGCGGCUGGUGUAAAAAUAAGAGGGUUGGAAAGCAGCUGGCUUCACAGAAAAUUCUCCAGAUGCUUCAUCCUCACGUCAAGAACUGGGGCUCACUGCUGCGUAUGUACGGCAGAGAAAGCAACAAGAUGGUUAAGAAGGAGAACUCUGAUAAGAGCGUAAUUGAGCUUCAGCAGUACGCCAAAAAGAACAAGCCAAAUCUUCACAUCCUCAACAAACUACGAGAAGAGAUGAUGAAGCUGGCUGGAGAAAGGGAGGAGGCAAGAAAGAAGCCGAAGAUGACUAUAAUGGAGUCUGCUCAACCUGGCAGUGAACCACUGUGUACUGUUGACGUCUAGCAAACCCUUGUUCAGCAUGUUGUGAUGGCACAUAGCACUGACCCAUGGUAAUAGUUCUAUAACAAAAGGUCAUCCUACCAUUACUGACUUAUGCAUUACUUUGGAGUGCAAAAUGGCAAUACUAGUUACAUUUGUAUUAUCAGAUUUAUGAGCUCUAUUCCCAGUCCAGUUAUUUCCCAUAAUGUAUGGGUUCGGUAAUAGUCAUACAUGCACUAAGGGAAGGUAGAAUAAGCAUUAAAUACCUCCAGAUGCACUUCUGCUCCUGAAAGUGCACCAAUAUUGACGGCUGUUCACAAAUAAUAUGCCUACUUUAAGGUAACUCGUACAAAUGAAGUAUGUUAAAUAUUACAGAAGCUUUUAAGUUUGUGGCUUUUAGAUGUUAAUAAAAAUGUUGCUUUUUCCCUUGUUAAACUGCACAUUCAUUUCAUAUUUACUGUUGAACUACAGAUUGCACAUGACCGACUGUAUCUCAGUACUCAUAACUGAUGCGUUUGGACAGAUACCCCUGUUAUUUUACAAGGAAUUGUUCCUUUAUGUCAGCUUCUGUGGCAUGAAGAGUUGUUCAAUCACAGGCACGUGAACUUUUUUUUUUUUUUUAUCUGGGGAAAAAUUGGGAAAUUGGGUUCAUAGUGGCUUAAAGUGUGUGUGGGUUUUCUUUAGAGGCCAUGUCUAGUUCUUAUUGGCAUGUGAAGCAUUUAAAUGUUGCAUUUCAUGUGCACACUUCCCUUCCAACUGCUGUUAAGAAAUGCACUAAUGUUGGAACUAUUUGCUUGUGUGAAAUGAACAACCUUUUUGAGAUUUUAUUUUAAAUAAGGAGGGAUGCAUACCAAUUGUUAUCUUUACCCGUUGCUCUACUUAUUCAGAAAGCACUGCAGAAAAAACACAAGCACAAGUGUUUGAGGUACUGUAGUUAGUUGAGGAACAAGACAUCAGGGAGACAGGAUGCUUUAGUUAUCAUCUUUGAUGUUAUUACAUUUACAUGCUCAGAUAUAAUCUAGCUCUUGCAUUAGAGACUGGUUGGCAGUCUUCAGUAGAAAAAAUGGUAUAUGUUGCCUUAGUUUCUUCUUUUAUUGAUGGUACCUUGUUUCUAAAGGGAAACGCCUCACUUGAGUCUGCAUUUGUAAUGCCGUGUUACGUAUUUGCUGUGGAGUCAUGCUGGCUUUCUUGCUUUGAUAUUUUAGGGGGAAAAAAAGCAUUCUACGCAUGUGCUUUUGUUGUUUGUCUUAAAUUCUUCGGUAUGGUUUUGUGAUCAUUUGUGGUGGUGGGUGAUUGUGCGCUCAUUUUAUUCAGCUCUUAUGUUGGUGUAUUAAAUAGUUUGAACCAUAUUCAAUAUUUCACGAGGCAGUCUACCUUAAAACAAAGGCGGUAACUCCGAACCUUGAAAAUCAGAUCAUGUCAUUAUAUUCAAUAGCUGGAAGAACAGUGUGAACCAAAGCUUUAAGUCUUAUGCAUUUUAUAGAAUAUUGCUGUAUAGCUAUUCAUUAAAUAUAUAAACCUGUAUACAUCUAACAAAAUAUUAAAUAAAAAUGCAAUAACUGCUGGAUAAAAAUAUGGUCCCUGUUUAAAGAAAACCACCACUUCCCCUGAAACUGUCAGAGGAGAAAAAAAAUAUUCUAGCCUUAAGAUAUGACAGGAAGGGUCGGGUCAGGUUUUCUUGGGACAGCGACUAAAAACUGCAGUGCACUGUCAUUGAAUCUAGUAUUUUAGUUUGUAUGCUUCUGAAUGUUAACUGCGUUUGUGAAGGCACUUUCCUGUUUUCCAUGAGCACAAGGCUGCUGCCAUACUAAGAGUGCUUAGAAUAUGCUUUCCCAGUAAACGUCUGGAGUGUACGAGUUGUCCUGUCAGUCUUGCCAAGUGUAUAUUAGUUGUCUGAAGAAAUGCGUGCUUUUUAGUCGCUAUCAUUGAAGGGAUCAUGUUGGAUGAUUUAGCUGCAAGUAAUGCUGCCUAAAAAAAAAAUUUCUUUUAAUGUGACACAAUCGCAGAUACAGUACACAUUGACUUGUUUAUGCAAAUAAAUUGAUGACCAGAAA